AUGAUUCACUUGUACUUGGACAAGAACGACGACGAGGAGUCGCUUGUUUCAGAAUUUUCUCUUUCAAGAUCGAAAAAAGCCAGCGUUUAUGAGCUUUGGUUUGGAGAGAGAGAGGGACAACUGCAAUUGCCUAAGGGCAGAGAGGGGGAGGGGGUGAGUGGGGGCCGCCAAUGCCCAAGAGAUUUCAGUUUUCUUUCAGUAGGUGAAUAUAUCGCCCAGAGCUUCUAUCGCCAAUUUAUCGGGCCACGUGGAGUGGUGGUGACUGGUGAUGGAGGGAGCAAGCUGAUUGCGGCCCUGAAUUAG